AUGAUUCAAACACUUCGGACCCGUUUUCCACUACUACCCUUCUCGAAUACUGACAAUGGCUCACUUUUACCACUUCAGUUUCCACAGUUCCAUCGGGCACCACGGGCCCAAGCGGACUCCGAAACAAGGCUCCGGGGAAAAAGCCCCGAGGGUGACCACUUCCGUCACUCCCGAGACGGCUUCGGAGAUUCUGGCACAGCAGACGACAGAGCGCAUACUCCGCCGCGUCGAUCUGCGACUCGUACCCAUCCUUUCGCUCCUCUAUCUACUAUGCUUCCUCUGUCGACAAAACAUCGGGAAUGCAAAGACCUACCAUAUGACACGCGACCUGCACAUGACGACACAGCAGUAUCAAAUCGCAUUGACCGCCUUCUUUCUCUCGUACUCCACCUUCGAUAUUCCGUGCAACAUCCUGCUUAAGAAACUUCGGCCAUCCGUGUGGUUGCCGCUUGUCACGCUCUUGAGCGGGAUUGUUACCGUUUGCAUGGGGGUUGUCAAGAAUGCGGAUCAAUUGAUUGUUGUGAGAAUGUUUUUGGGAAUGACAGAGGUGGGCUCUCACACUCUGUUGGGGGUUGUGGACUUUACUGACAUUAUUAGUGUGGAUUGUUCCCCGGUGUUGCAUACGUGAUAACCAUGUGGUACUGUAGGAAAGAGGCGCAGUUCCGACAAGCGCUAUUCUUCUGUGCAGCCAGGUAAUUUAAUCCCCACUCCCCCGGAUCGAUCAACCAAUGUUACUAACAAACACCUAGUAUGGCGGGCGCCUUCGCCGGACUCCUCGCGGUUGGCCUUAGCAGAAUGGACGGCCUAGGCGGCCAGGAGGGCUGGCGUUGGAUCCUAAUAAUUGAGGGCCUCCUGACAGUACUGGUCGCCAUAUGCGCCUUUUUCAUAGUCCUCGACACCCCCGACCGCGCCAAAUUCCUAACAAAAGACGAGAAAGAGUUCCUUCUUCGCCGCCUGGAAGUCGACCAAUUUGGUGAGGAAGAGGAUGAGCUCACAGAAGCCGAGAAAGCCCGGAUCCACACUGACCUCCCCAAGUCACAGAUAUUCAAGUCAGUGUUCACAGACUGGCAUAUCUACGCUCACAUCCUCGUCUUCUAUGGGAUUUCCUGCCCGCUUUACAGCAUUUCUCUAUGUCUACCUUCGAUUGUGCAGGAGUUGGGGUACACUUCUACCCAGGCUAACUUUCUCACCGUACCCAUCUACAUAACCGCGUGUUUGCUGUCGCUAUCAACGGCCUACCUUUCGGAUAGAACUGGAAGGCGCGCGGUGUUUCUUGCUAUUUCGUAUACUACUAUGUUUACUGGCUUCCUCAUUGCUGCACUUCGUCCUGGACACCUUCCUGGUCUGGCAUAUGCUGGCUUGUUCAUUGCUGCCUGCGGCGUGUAUCCUGCCUUUCCUGGUAUGAUCACUUGGUGCAGCAAUAACCUGGCCCCAAACGGGAAGAGGGCAAUCGCUAUGGCGCUCCACAUAGGCAUGGGAUCAUUUGGUGGUGGGAUGGGUGCAAACUUCUACCGGGCACAGGAUAAGCCUCUCUACAGGCUGGGACAUUGGCUGAAUUUGGGAUUUGUGUGUCUUGGUGGGUCAGCAAUUGCCGUGAUUUACUUUAGCUACUACACGGAGAAUAAGAGGAGGGAGGGUGUAUGCGCCGGGUUGGAAGGUGAGCUAGAGAAGGAGAUCGAGAAGGCUGGCAGGGGCACGGAGGAAGGGGAGAGGCUGAAGAGGGAGUUUGUGGUUAGGAAGGAGGAGAGCCUUGCGCUGGAAGGGGAUAGGAGCGUUUGGUUUCGGUAUAUGAUGUGAUGCGGGAUAUGAAGACUGAGGGGCGAUUGGCGUCUUUAGGCUGAAAUUUGGCGUCAUUUCUUUUGUUACCCCCCUUGUGUGUUUUUUUUUUAGAGAUAUUUUUGCUUAGUAUAGCGGUGUGACCUUGCAUACAUCAAUUAAAUCUUUGAACUUGGAAAGGGAUUAUACCAGUAAUCACGGAGUCUCACUCGUUAAGAUUAGCUAUGUCAUCUGCCCUUCUGGGGACAAGUUCUUUUUCUCCUGAGGUCAAAGGUAGGCAGCAGGAAGGAUUUAUUGUGGCGCUAAGAGCCGGUGGCUGAAACGAAUUACCUCCCCCGCGAGCCUAUCUUUCCC